AUGGGCGAGGUGGUUCCGUUCAUCUCAGGCAUGCGACCUGGCCAAGGUUACAAUACUUAUCUGCAAUCGCUCUGUGUUCAGAAUGCAGUCACUAUCGAGAGUCACGACGACAAGAGCCCCGCAUUCACUAGAGAGUAUUAUUCUGAGUUCGUAGAAGAAUACGAGAAAAUUGCAAAGAGCAUGAAAAUCAGUGCUGGCGCGGCCGUCUCCGGGUGGGGCCAGAGCGGCAGUGUCAAUGUCAGCAUUCUAGAUCGCAGCGAGUUUGAGAGCAGCACUUUGACAUACGAAGUCAAGGUGCUGGUUCAGCACCAAGUGAGCGUGCUCGAUAAGUUUUCUUUCAACAAGAUUGAGACGAGCAACAAGCACGAGAAGUACGGCGAUCGUUAUAUCGCGAACUUCAUAAAGGGUGGCCAUUUCUACGCCCGUGUCUCUAUCACAGCGCGCAACUCGUCUGAGACGAGCGAGCUGAAAGAGAAUGCCGAAUUGGCCAUGACCAUGUACGGCGUCUCUGGCACAGUUACGCAAGAAGUCGAGAAGGCGGUCAGCUCUAUCAACAGAAACGCUUCGGUCAAGAUUACCAUCGUCGAGUCUACAGGCACCAACAAGAACAGCGUUAGUGGAGGAGGUUUUGCCGUCAAGACCGAGGAGACCUCUGACCUCCUGCGAGUCAAGAAUAUGGCGGACCAGUUCUAUACGGACGCGGAUUCGGGAAAGCAUAGCUAUGUGCUCUUUGCGGUGUUGGGGAAGUACAGGAACCUUUCUAACUUUGACAAUUAUUUUCUUCCGUUUGAUUACCAAGUGGCAAGCAUGAGGUCCUGGGCGCUCUUCAACGACUUCACACUGUAUAAGGCUAUCGAAAAGAUGAUCGUUGCUGUACCCAGUGACAAGUUCAAGGGCGGUUCCGACCGGAAGGUUCAGCUGUCAAAUCAGGCUAUCGACAUCUUCGAAAAUAUAAAGAGCAGGGUCCAUCGUAUCGCUGAACACCCUGAAGCCGCCAAGGAGACACCCGACCACCAGAAACCCGACGUUUUCCGACUUGAGGUUCUCGCAAGUUCCUCCGUCUCUUGUAAAGCAAUCCAGACCAAGGAAUUUCACGCCCAAUCCAAACCCAUCCCCAACACCGACGAUUACUGGACCGACGUCUGUCUGCCCUAUAAGAACUCGGACUCUGCCCACCUCUUCACCUUCCCGGCCUUCGACUUUGGCAAUUUGAUCGGCACUGAGGUGGUUUCAUUUGGAAAACGGGACAACUCCGAAGACUAUGUUUGUUUGAUUGGCGAGCGCGCGACAAGUGUAAGUGGCAUGAAAGAGUUGAGUUACUUUUGGGUCUUCCCGAAUAGUGUCGAGGGUUUUGCCAUGCAGAUUCCUCGAUCAAUACCGGAAGCUAAGAAAGAAAUAUCGAGGAAGUUUUGCAUCAUGAAAGCCGGACAGUGGGAUCCCAAGCAACAAAAGGUUGUCGUAAACGAUGUACCGAAGCCUACCGAAGCACCAAACCAAUUUCUAGUCAAGAUACAAUCUGCAUCGCUAUGUCACUCCGAUCUUCUUAUGGCUAUGAGGCCGGAUUACACUGUUACGUUGGGCCACGAAGGAGUCGGUUAUAUCGAGUCCAUCGGCAAAGAAGCCAGCGACAGAGGUUUCCAAGUUGGUGAUGCUAUCGGUUUCAACUACUUCAUUGGCGCUUGCUUCGAAUGCGAGGGGUGCAUGAUCCAUAACAUGCGGUGCGAGACAGGUAACCAGAAACUGCAGGGUUUUGUAGCAGACGGAUAUUUCGCAGAGUAUGCUGUAGUGGAUUGGCAGAAUGCAGUCAAGUUGCCUGAAAACCUGGAUAUGAGUAAGACUGCGCCGUUGUUUUGUGCGGGUAUCACGGCAUUCCAUUCGGUAGACAGCUGCGAGCUUAAAGCAGGGAAUUGGCUGGCGGUCAUUGGUUGCGGCGGCUUGGGGCAGUAUGCCAUACAAUACGCGAAAGCAAUGGGUAUCAAGACCAUCGGUCUCGACAUAAAUGACAACCAGCUCGAUGUGGCAAAGAAAAUUGGCGCGGAUGCUAUCUUCAACUCCAUGAAGAACAAAGACUAUCUCGAAGAGAUCAAGAAACUCACUGAUGGCAAAGGAUGUCAUGCUGCGGCAGUCUACAGCGCGUCAAACGCGGCAUAUGCAGGCGCACCGGAUGUUUUGAGGACUGGUGGAUUACUCAUGGUCAUUGGUAUUGCGCCCAAGGGACUUGACUUUAUAAACACGUUCGACUUGACGACGGGUCGGUAUCGCAUUAAGGCUGAUAGCACGGGUAUUCCACAGCGGAUGAAGAAGGCGGUGGACUUUACCGGCAAGCAUAGUAUACAGCCAGAAGUAGAAUUCCGCACGAUCAAUGACCUGCCGCAGAUGGUUGCUGACAUGGAGGCUGGAAAAGCUGAGAAGCGUCAGGUCGUUGUGUUCUAG